GACCACACACCACAUGGUAUCCACCUGUCAUUUAUCUUCACACUCACACCACACCUAUACAUACACCCCCACUAUCUCUAUCUCCUUCCUCUCAGACUCAGACAAACAACAUUUUAUUAUCCGCACACCUGCAACUUCAUCUUCAACCGAAUUAUUAACAGCGAGAAACAAUCAUGUCGCAAUCGCAAUCAGCGGCAGAUGAUUCUUCUUCCGACGGCUCCGGCACCGGCACCGGCGCCGGUGAAAUCAUGCUGUUUGGAGUGAGAGUGAAGGUUGAUCCGAUGAGGAAGAGUGUGAGUAUGAACAAUCUAUCGCAGUAUGAGCAAACUCCGAUCGAUUCAUCCGCCGUUGCCGUCGCCGCCGCUGCCGACGGUUACGCCUCCGCCGAUGACGCUGUACGGACUCAAUCCAACGGCGGCAGAGAACGCAAACGAGGGAUUCCGUGGACUGAAGAUGAACACAAGCUGUUUCUGCUAGGGUUACAGAAAGUAGGAAAAGGAGAUUGGAGAGGAAUUUCUAGAAACUUCGUGAAGACUCGUACUCCUACACAAGUUGCAAGUCAUGCUCAGAAGUAUUUUCUUCGUCGGAGUAAUAUCAAUCGCCGCAGGCGUAGAUCUAGCUUGUUUGAUAUCACUACUGAUUCUGUUGCUGCUAUGCCAACAGAAGAACAACAGGUUAAAGAAGACAAUAAGGGCAAAGCUGUUAUGCAACCAUCAAUGGCAUCUUCCCAGCAGAUACCUCUCGUUAAUGGAGGAUCUAAACCGCUUGUUCACCCGAUCCCCAUCUUUCCAACACCUAAUCCAUCCACAAUGAUGGAUCUUAACUUAAACCGGACAUACGAAACAGACCCAUUGCCAAUCUCUCUGAAUCUUUCUCUAUCGUACGACCCGAAUCGAUCUUCUUCAUAUCAAGUGAUCUCAGGAUUCAAGAAUGGAGAUAGCAUGAUCAGUGUUAAUUAAACAUCCUGAAAAGCAGGAGCAAUAAGCAUAGGAAAGUCAAUCAGGUAAUUAGUUAUUGACUUAAAAGUUAAUUAUGUGUCAAGUAUCUAUGUAAACCUUUACUAUGUUGUUGUCUUACCCUCAUGUCUGAUAUAUGUUUUGUGACUGGUAAAAAGGGGAACUAAGUGUCCCAUUUUGGGAGAUGGGGUUGAAUAUGUGUGGUUUAGAGGGCAUGAGGUUAAAUAUCUACAUGUGCUCAAUGGUUGCACCCCUUUUAUGACAAACAUAUAGUAGCAAUAAUAUGGAUUUAUUGUUGUUG